GAUCUAAACAUCGCACGAAAUGCAAGAAAAAAAAGACGAACACUGCCUGACGAGUUUUGUAUAUCAGCCGGAAUUAAUAAAUUUGAACGGUAUUUGUGAACCUUGUCUGUAUCAAAAAAAUUUCACAUCGGUACCUAUCAUUUGAAAAAAAAAUCGUUGAUUACGCUUGAUAAAUAAUGGAGAUAUUCAAAUUUACUUUUCUCGAGGCUUUGGGGCACUCUGAAAAUAUAUUAGAUCCAUAAAACGUAGUUGUGUAUAUGCUGUUUAUUUCCGAAAAUUAAGAGCCUCUCUGUUAUCACAACACACAUAUAUAUGAUACAAAUGGAAUACACCUGACAGAAAGAAAGAGAACGAGCACACACAUGUAUAGUAUAACACAACGCUCUCUUAUAGCAGAUUUUUGGAAUAUGCCGUAAUAAAAUGAAUCCAUAUUGUCCUUUUUAUAUAAAAUUUACCUUUAAUGUAAAUAAAUUAUUGCUCAUUCGGUAUAAUUAUUGCUCAAUUAAAUAUAAUUAAAAAAAAACACAUUUUUAGAACAAUUAAAUUUCAUUCUUUAAUUUAUUUCCUUUUUUUUCUCAUAACAAUAAAUUUUAAAAAAACUAGAAUUGUGUCAUUAUUCAAACAUCUAAGGAUCCAAACGAUUUAAACACUUAAACUUUUUAUGGGCUGAGAGGAAACGUUCUCCUUCUUUUGAACUAUAUAUAAUUUAAUUUUGCUAUAUACUCAUAAACAAAAUAAUACAAGAAACGCUUGGCACAACGAAUAUGCAAUUUUUUAUCAAAAAUUACAUUCUAAUCACACUGGAUCAUUUGGUAUAAUUUCUAGCAGCUCAUUCUGGCUAUUUUUCUUGAGCUUCACUUAGUGAAAGCGUCACUAGAGCCCGACCUGACAGGUUCUAGAUGCCGCAGGUGGAAGAAGGUAAAGAUAGCAGAAAUUGGAUGAGAUCAGUUUUGUUUAAAAUUUUUAAAAACUAGGUCAGUUCAGUUUCAAGAAAAAGCGAACCGAUCCCAUCUCUGAAAGGUAGACUGAGCUCUCCUAAAAACUCCCUGAGACUCCGGAAAAAUUUUUAAAGCUACUAACCGUGCUAGUUUUACUGGACAAUCAUUACUUGAUAAAAAUUUGGUUUGUCGAUAUUUCAAAUAUUCGUUCAAUUUGUGAUAAAUUAUUUUUCUUGAAAUAUCUUACUGCAUAAAAUAAUUGAUUGUCUAUUUAUACGACUUAUUCGAUGAAUUAUUAUACAACUUGCGAAUGUUUCUUUUUCUUCUCGUGUCAUUUUUGUAUGAAUGUAUAACAAAAUUAAAUUAUAUAGAGUUGACCAUUAUCCUACAUAAUAUGAAAAAUAUGGUCUUAUUUUGAGGUUGCUUAUCUUUUCUGUUGCAUCAUUUCGUUUAUGGACUUGCGACUAAUAUAAAUUACACUAAAACUUAUCUAUUAUGGGCUGUAAACACUUUUAUCUACUCUCGGGCAUUAUGGAAAACCUCUUGAAAGUAUUCGUCGGCCUAAUUUCACGAUAUAUUUUCUACACUGUUUGGAAAUUCAAAAACAAACAUCUCAAAAAAAAAACGAAUCAUGAGCGAUAAAAUCGACUUUUCCAGCACACUACAUAGAUUAUUAUGCGAUGCAUCCUGUAAUAGAAUGUCGCAUCAGCACUCUCAAGAUAGAGUCGACAUUUGUCCCAAUUACUUUUCCAUUACAGUUUAAUUUUGAAUUUAACAAAUUUUAAUCUUUAUUGUUUGUUUUUUUAGACAUCCAAAUCGUGAAAAUUUAACACAACAAGAAUUAUUCUUUGAUAAUCUUGAUAUGUAUCAGCCACUUCUUAUUUCUUGA